AUGUUCACACUGCACAGCUACAUACUUCCGUGCGGGCAUAUGAAGUACUCGCAUAUUUGCCCCUGUCAGGACAAUUUCGCACUUCCGACCAUCGAAGAUCUGGAAGUUGAGUGGAAUGCGACUUGCAUUUCUUGCACUGACCCAGCGAUACAAGCCGAGAUAGGGAGGCUUGAUAAGACAUCACCACGGUGUUCGAUACUGCAGCCGCCCCAACAAGGUAGUCCCCGGUCUAUGCCAGAGGUCUUGAGUUGCCCCAAUGAGGACAAAUAUGUGGAGCAACAUAAAAUUGGCUUCGGUCUGCAUGAGCAAGGACCUACACAGAAUCAAGCGGGGGAACACACAGAGACGGACAUGGGGUCGUUGAGGAGACAAGGCUUUGACGACGAGUGGAUGGAGUGGGUAGUCGAGUGCAAGGAGGCGGGGAUGGAUCUAGAGCUCCUCCUGAUGCGGGGCCAAGAUGACGAAGCAACCGGAUCAGAAGAAGAGGAUUGUCAAUCGCACCGUUGUUGA